AUGGCGGGAUCCUCCUACCAUUCACAAAGUCGAAAGUCUGGAAUUAUCCUACGACGAUGCGCACGACUUGGAGGAUUUUGUGUCCCUGCCUUGAUUGUGCUAUUUUUCCUAUUGCACAGUCGCCUGAUUGUUUUGUUGGAACGGGAUUUUAAGGAGCGACAGCACGGCGGGUUUGGUGAUGGCAUGGCACAGCAGGAGCACGACCAAUUAUGGAAGGGUGACAGCAGCAGCAACAACAACAACAACAACAACAAUCCUGGCAUUUGUCAGAAGCUGUUGCAAGGAAAUGAACAUUCUACAACUGCUUCCAUGUGGUUGAAAUCCAAGCACAAGUUGCUUUCCGCAGUAUUGGGAGUAUUGGAAAAACAGCAGUCAGCAACAUCAGCAAUAAUACCUGCUUGGAUGGAGGAAUUGUGGAAAUUCUUGACGCCAUGGCAACUUCAGCAGACGAUAUUCCCACAAGUCGAUCCCCUCAUUUUGCAACGAAUCUUGGAAAAGUUACAAGCACGAUUGUUGUUUCUGCAGCAGCUUGAAGGACAUUAUGAUUCUACGAAUACUACUGACAGGAACAAUCCUGAACCUCCACCGCCCAAUAAGAUUCAAGUUUUGGUCUUUGGUGGAAGUGUCACAGAAGGAGUCGGCUGUGAUGCCCCACCACCAUCUUAUUUGAUGGACGAUACCGAAAAGGAAAAGUCUCAGUUGAAAUUGUUGUCAUCAUUAUCACUCCAAGACUGUUCCUGGCCUCAUCGACUCCAACAAUUAGCAGAUGCAUUCUUGCCCGAUACCAUUGAGAUUCACAACUUGGCCGUCGGUGGGACGCAUUCCCGGGCCGCAGUUCCAAUUUUGGAGCAUGGUCUGUACCCACCACAUGUCCACGUCAACGAGAAUAAGAACAAGAAGAAUGAUGCCGCACCCCAUGAUGAUCAUGAUUCCCAUGAGGGGCCUCCAGAUAUCAUUUUGAAUGCCUAUGCUGCCAACGACAAUUUGCCACCAGCGUUCUACAACACGGAAAAUACGACCUUGGACAAUUUUCACAAGUAUCGGGUGCUGAAACGUCUGAUGGAAUUUGUGGCCGCUGCUUCAGGUACUGGUACAGUCGGAGGCAAGAAUAAUAUCAACAGCUGCGGACAAUCGUCCACCAACUCGAACAGUCAGCAGCAGUCACACCAACCAUGGAUUGUGUUUCUGAAUGACUACCUUGGCAACCAACAAGAAUCCUUGGUGGGAGAAUCCACGGUCGAUGAAUUGGUCCAGCUGCUGAUGCAAACGCUUGCCCCGGUCUCGUAUGUGUCACCGUCACGCUUGUUGGAACCCUAUGUCUGGGCCAAUACCAGCGAACAUGUAUGGAGUGGUGUCUGGAAAAAGAAGAGCAACAAGAACAAGAAUUUGAAUGCUGCUGACUACAAAGUAGAUGUGCACUACGGAUUGGCGGGACACAUUACGACUGCCUUGGUGGCUGCGCAUGCCUUUUUUCAAUGGACCAUGGAAUAUUGCCAAGAGCAAGUCUUGUUUGAUGAUGUGGAAGAGCAAGACUGUUCCUCAUCGUCGCAUUGGACGACAACUACGCCAAAGUCUUUACAAACUCUGGAAACAAGAAUGCAAGCCCAUGAAUUGUCAAGUGUCCUUCAAAUUCAUUUACCAUCCAAAGAAUGGAUGAAGCUUAAUCAUCCAGAUCGAGUCUAUCCGAACAUUACUGAAGGUGCUGGGGGUGUAGUCAAGAGCAGCCGUCUUGGAUCAUCAUCGAAGACUGUUACCCAUGAUGGCUGCAGUGGUUCUAGUAGUGGGCAUCAAAACAGUGGUGCUUGUGCCUUUGCCUUUCUCGCAGCUCCACUGGGAACACACUCGAAAAAGGGCCCUUUGCAAGAGUACAUUGAUGGUUUUACUGUGACCGCAGAGAACAAGAAAGAAGACGGAGUCGGAUGGCUCGUCCAAAACAACUUUCGUCAUGGAGGAUUCCAAAACAAAUUGGGACUGGCGGCGAUUCGUACGGGAGCUCAAUUGACACUGGACAUUCCCAUUGGAAAUGUGCAGCAACAACGGCACAUGGAACUGACGAUCCAUUACCUGAAAUCAUAUGGUCCCGACUGGGCCAAUAGUCAUUUGCGGGGAACUUGUCAAGUCCGACAACAAAAGGGAGCAUCAUCAUCAUCAUCAUCCGGUGGUGCAAAGUUGUUACAAGUGCUUCGGGAACAGAACUUUGACUUGGAGGGAUUUCACGAUCAGCAAGUUAGCAUAUCGUAUACACAUGUGGUACCUGAUAUUAUCAUUGACAAGGGCAUCGAAACGGUGAUUCAAUUGAAGUUGGAGUUGAUUGGGGGAAGCAACUUUAAGAUCAACGCCAUGAUGCUUUGUUAA